GUGCCCAGCGACAGCCAAUAGUAGAAGGUGUUGGUGUGGUGUUACAGUUUGAAAUGGCCGAGCGGGUUGCCGGUGAGACGUUGGCGGCGAAAGCCAGAGAUCUCCUUAAGGAAGCAGAGGCUGUAAGGAGAAUCCAUGAAGAUAAUGAAUCUUUAUCAGAGGAAGGUGCUGCAGUUGUUCAGCAUGCGAUUGGUUUCCGGAGGAACCAGAAGAUGAUGUUUCGACAACUGAAAACCUGUGCUUUGUUCCUAGACAUGGUGAAAAAUAAUGGUGCCAAGGAAAUUAAAGAAAGUGUCCAGCAGCAGGACAUCCAGAAGAAACUGAAUGAAACGAGGCAAAAGUGGAAGAGCUUGAAAGCAGAAUGUCGAGUGCAGGAUGAAGAGCUACAAAACAUCUCGACCAUCUUGUGGAAAUUCCAGGCACUGGAGACAAAGCAGCAAGCUCUAAGAGAAGCUGUUCAGUUGUAUGAAGUAAAGAAACUGCAGUUGGAAGAGGCUCUUCAGCAGAAGAAAUUGCAACUUCAGGAGGAACGAAAACUUACUUUGGCAGAAGAGAAGAAUAAAAUUGAACGGGCAAUCGAGGAGUGUUCUUUGUGCAUAAGCAGGUCUCACAUUUUGAUACAACAGGCAGAACAAGCAAUUCGACUCUUGACUAAGGAAGGCACUCAUAGCGAUGGUGUGCGCCCCUAUGAUUUUCACACAUUGUCACAGUUCUACGAGACUGUCAGGAACCAGUCUGGUAUGAAAGUCCUUUCAGUCACUGAAAACCAAAUAAUGCUGCAGUUUGAUCCUCAAGCGUUGAUUCCAAAGACGCAACUCACUCCUCUUGUACUGACGGUAACCUGGACCACUGACAGAAGAGUUAAGCUCGAGUCUAACUGUGCCUUCCUGGACCUGUCUGAAAUGGACACUGUCGACCUACCAAACCUUACAGCUGAAAUCUGGAAACGUUACAUGAGCCAAGCCGAACUUUGGGGUGAAAUCCAACACCUGCAGAACAGGUAUGCCAUCGAUUGGCUGGAGGAUGAACGAAAGCUUAAGUUCUUGCAGUUGAUUGCUGGCAGUUCCUCAAAUGUUGUUUGCACAUUGUACGUCGAGCAUGGUUACCCAGGCAACGGCGAAGUCAAGCUCCGCUCCAUUCAAGAAAAUAAUAAACCUAUUGAUACAGUAAUUAAGGUGAGGAUGUACAAGCUAAUUCAACUUCUGGUAAACAUUAAUGGUCUGUUUGCGAGCCAAUAUUCUCACUCCCUUGCACUGGAGCUAAUCCUUGAGAAAUUGAACAUCUCCCUCUUGCCAAAAGCACUGCUCUUUCUUGCAGUGGAACCUGAUUGGCCUUGAGGAAUGUUUGUUUUGCCUCUCUGGGAGGUGAGAGUUACAUGGUUAGAGGAGUGGAGUUGGCGAAAGUAAGUGUUUCAUGAGG